AUGAACGGGACGACUCGAUUAAUGCUGGCUGUAGCACUGCUCGUGUCCGCCGUCGCUGCGCAGAGUCGCUCAAGCUCAAUUGUGACGUGUCUGGUGUCGCAGUACCUGGACACCGACACAAACGAAUGCGUCAACUAUAAAAACCAAGGCGUGAAGGCCAGUACGGACUUUGACACGGCCAUUGACUCGGGCAACACGGCGUGGAUGCUGGCGGCUAGCGCUCUGGUGAUGAUAAUGACACCGGGCGUUGCAUUUUUCUAUGCCGGUCUUGCUGGCGAGGACAUGGCGUCCAACACCAUGAUGAUGUCGUUUGUGAGCAUUGCACUCGUGUCGAUCCAAUUUUGGGCCUUUGGGUAUUCGGCAGCUUUCGGAUCCAACGGCAUUUUUGGGUGGGCGGGCUUUGGCAAUGUAGAGCAGUUUCCAAGUGGUACCUAUGGCACUGGCAUCCCUCAUAUUUUGUUUGCCUUCUUUCAAACUCAAUUUGCAACCAUUACUCCAGCUCUGCUGAGCGGUGGCAUUGUUGGUCGAAUGAAGUUUAGCUCCUACUUGCUCUUCAUUCUGCUGUGGACGUCACUGGUGUACGACCCAUUGGCUCGCUGGAUGUGGUCUUUGAAACUCGAUGACUCGUGGGCGAUUACCGCAAUGGGUUGGGAGGGCAAGAUGGGAUCACUUGACUUUGCGGGAGGCACCGUUAUCCACAUUUCGAGUGGAUUUGGAGCCCUUGCGGCUGCUCUUAUGGUCGGAAAGCGAUACAACCACGGCGACCCAGUCAAGCCCCACAAUGUGCCGUUAGUGAUGAUUGGUGCGACGUUGCUGUGGUUCGGCUGGUUUGGCUUUAACGCCGGUUCGGAAGGUGCUGCUGACGGAAUCGCUGCCACGGCUGCUAUCAACACUCACCUUGCUCCUAGUGCAGGCUUCUUGACGUGGAUUGGACUUGAGUUUGCUAUGUACAAGAAGUUCGAUCCUUGUGGAGCUGCUAGUGGCGCUGUCGCUGGUCUGGUUGCUAUCACCCCCGCUUGUGGUUAUGUGUACCCGUGGGCUGCUGUCAUUUUUGGUGUAGUAGGCGCCGUGACGGGCUUCGCUGCUAUUCACAUGAAGAACCACCUGCGAUAUGACGAUACACUUGACUCGUUCGCCAUUCACGGCUGUGGUGGUUUUAUGGGUGGUCUCAUGACUGGUCUAUUUGCUACAUCGGACGUAAACCCAAACAUUGAAGGCGGCGCGUUCUACGGCCAUGGUAUGCAGGUCGUGCACCAGCUGGUUUCACAGUGCGUGGCUGCAGCUUACUCGUUCGUGGUGACGAUAAUUAUUCUGUACGUGCUGAAGAUUACGAUUGGACUCCGUGUGGACGAGGACAAAGAGGUAAACGGCAUUGACGUCUCGUAUCACGGGGGUCUUGCCUACGAUUACAGCGGCCAAGACCACACCGGCCCAACUGUGAAGGCUGCCAACCCGCCAGUGGGUGACUUUGCCGCUAUGAUGUCACCGCGUUCUGUCCAAGAGGUUGCGCAGAAGGAGCUCAUUAUGAAUGCUUAA